CCCCGCACAUCCGCGUCCGGAGGCGCCGAUGGGCGGAGCCAGCUCGGCCCGUCGUGCCGCGGAUCCGCCCUCGCCCUCCCGCGGGCCGCGGCCUGCCAUGACCAGCAUCGGGGACCUGCCCGAGGACGUGCUGGUGGAGCUGCUGUCGCUGCUGCCCGCCCGGGAGCUGCUCCGCACCUGCCGCCUGGUGUGCUCGCAGUGGCGCUACGUGGUGGACCUGAACACGCUGUGGAAGCGCAAGUGCCAGCGCGAUGGGUUUUAUCGUCAGAGCUAUGACAGGAGCAUCUCGGACUGGAAGAUCUUCUAUAUGCUCUGCCACAUGAAGAAAAACUUACUCAAAAACCCUCGUGCUGAAGAGAACUUCCAGCACUGGACAAUUGAUGCCAAUGAAGGAGAUAAGUGGAAAAUUGAGGAUCUGCCUGGAGCUCAUGGAAGUCAUAUGUCAGACCCCAGAGUACAAAAAUACUUUGUCACUUCAUAUGGGCCAUGCUUCAAGUCUCAAAUCAUUACCCUGGAUAAAGAAGGCUACUGGAAUCAGCUGAUGGAUGAGAUACGGCCUGAAAUUACAGUCAAGGACUGGUACGCUGCCAGGUUUGACUGCGGGUGCCGCUACGAGCUCACCGUGAGGCUGCUCUCCAAGGACUGGAUCUGCCUGCAGGAAUUCCAUCCUGAGCCAGUGGUCAUUGAGCAGUGGAGCGAUGCCCAGUGGAGAGAGAUUUCUCACACCUUCCAGAAUUACCCAGCAGGAGUUCGUCACAUCUGGUUCCAGCACGGAGGCCAGGACACCCAGUACUGGGCAGGCUGGUAUGGGGUGCGUGUGACAAACAGCAGCAUCACCAUUGGGCCCCCCAGCUCACUGUGAGCCACUCUGGAAGGGUUUGCUUUUACCUCAGGACUGGAACCAAGUGGCCUCAGGUGCACUGUCUGCCUGUUCUGUCUGGGUGUGUCCUAGCUUUGUCUUGCAGCUCAUAUUCACAGUAGAAUUCAGCAGGCCCAGCCUUUUGGGAGGGUGUUCUGUCUUCAUCUUCCAUUCUCUUCUACCAUGGAUGCUACUCCAGUUACUGGUGUCCUUCCAGAGAAAAACUGGGACAAUUAAAUAUGGGAUCUAUCUUUUCUAGUUAAUACAUUAUUAUGCUAACACACAGAGACUUAAAGACACUUUCAUGUUUAUGGAAUAUAGGAAAGAUAAGGCUAAAAUGCUUAAUUUCAGAUUAUAAAUGGUAUCUACAAGGACUCUGCCACAGCUUGUCAUGUAUGGUAUUUUCUUUCCUGUUUCAGUGUUAAGAUUUAUGAUCUGCAUCAGACCUUUCAUAGCAUCAGGAAACUGUCACCCCUUGUCCCUAAGUGCUGUGUCACUGGUAGUGAAUUCCUUACCCUUUCUCUAAGUGUGUAUGAUCAAAAUGAUGCAAAACAGUCCCUUGGUGUUUGAAUAAAGAGGUAGAGAAAGAGGAGGUAAGAAGUCCCUUCAGACAGCUGCCUAACAACACAAGUGCCUUUUGAUUGUGCUGGGCUUUUCCCACAUCACCUUUGGUUUGUACUGAGCAGUGUAACCCAAUAUAAAAUGUUAAAGCAGUGCCCAGACUUGUUCUAUAAUGUUCCUACACUUGUUCCUUGGAGGAAGCAGAAGGUGCUGGACAGGCUAGUGUACCAAAUUCUCUGACAAACAAGCUCAGCUUGUUUGAACUGUGUCUCCCACCCUUAUAUACCCAGAGCUGAUGUUAAGGCCAUGUUCCAUCUCCUCUGACAGGUGUAGGAUUAUUAGUGCUUUCCUUGCUUAUUCUCAGUUAGGAGUAGGAUACAUGGCAGGUGUCCUUGCUGGACAGACAAAUUCCACAUUGCUAAUGCCACCUCUGAGUGAAAGGAGAGAGACCAAGGUUGUACAGCCUUUCAUAGGAACUGACAGAGUCCAUAUACGGGCAGAAAAGAAAAUAAAAAUACUUCUUUGCUGAAGAAGGGAGCCUGGUUUUGACAGAACUCAGCCCAGUUCAACUGGGGUAAAACUUGGUAUUUAUUGAAGACUGCUUGGGAUGGUCACAGUGGACAGACACUACAUAAGGCCUCACUCCCCCUUAGCACAAGUGUUGCUCCCAUGGACUGUGUGACAGCUCCUAGCUGUCUGUCACUGCCUGUGUGCAAUGGAGCUGCCCUUUCCAGGUGAGAACUGGACUGGUAAUAAAGCACUGACUCCCCAGGGAUGCACUGCAUCAACACCUGUGCUCUCACACAAGUCAAGAUGGGAACAGGCUCUGGCUCCCCAUUCCAAGUCAGUUCUUUAUACAGUGGUAAGAGCACUUGAAAUAAAGAGGCAGCAGCUGCUCUACAUUCACCCAGAAGGCCAGCUGAAGAGAUGGUUAUCAAGAUACAGUUUGUGACAGAUCUUACUCCACUGGAAGAUCAGAUGAAGCUUGAAGGCAAGGAAGAUUUGAAAUCAGGUGCCUUUGUGAGCUCGCUCUUCUACAUAGAGCUGCAUCUGGAGAGAGAAACAAGGAACAGUCCUGUUGGUAUACAGGUAGGUGAAUGAGAAAAAAAGCCUGCAAGAGACUGAAUAGGAAGUGCUUAUACCUUCCCCCAUAACCAAGUUUCCUAUUUUACUAUGAGGAGUCUUGCCCUGCUUUGAUCACUGGCCCAGACAUCUGCAAGACUAAGCUACUGCUCAGCAGUAUGUUUUAAAGUUGUUACACCACAGAAAAUUGCAGAGUUGAUGUCAGAUCAAAGUUCAGAACCACAGCAGGUUCAGCACCUCUUGGUCAGCAUGCCCUGCUCACCUUUAGGAUGUCAGAUGUCAUGGUUUUCAGGGGAAUGAGCCGGGGGUCGUGCAUGUGCACGUCCUGCUCGUCAGCGAGGAUCCAGGGGAAAUCCUGGGGGCAGGAACACAAGGAGGUGUCACUGGCAGAACCCAGCAGUGCUGUGAGGGGAGCUCCUCCUCAGCACUUAAGCUGAAAGAGGGACAAGAGUGGCUGAGGGAAGAACAGGUAAUUCAAACCUUCCCCUACAACAAAACUUAACAUUUACACGCUUGGCCCUGACACUCAGCAUAAUUGUCUUCAGUUACAGCAUCAAACUGUGAGGUGAACCCACUGCAUUUACUGCAAAGGUGACAUCUCACUUCUUUAAAAGAUACACUCUCUGCUGUCCUGAGCUACCCUGCCCAGUUCAUUACACCAAGAUUUAACUGCAACUCCAGAAUGCUUAGGGCAUGGGUUUCCAUCCUGCCUUGGAAGUCUAAAGUUGGGUCUACUACACCACAAGUUUCCAUUACUGAGCAGUGCAGAACAGACUUUCAUUUUGAAACAAUUUUAUACUUUGCUAGCUUUAUUUGUUAUGCCUUAGGACACAUAAAAUAAUUGACUCAGGAAAAAAGUUUCCCUGUAUCUAAGCAAAGAUUCUUUGAAAAUAAUCUUCCUUUAGAAAGUGUAAGAUACAAUGUAUUUGUGCCCCCAAACCUACUCAUUUGUUUAAUCUUAGUCUUUCUUGCUCUUUAUACAUAAGUGGAUGGUGGGUGAGGGCUGCUUUUCUGCUUGAUUAAAUUAAAGAACCUAUUCUACAUG